AUGUGGACGGUCAUCUCGCCCCUCAUCGGAGACCAGUUCUUCUAUGCGGGCUUGAUGGAGCAGCGGGGUAUCGGUGCAAAGGCAGGGGAGAUGAAGACCCUCACAGCUGACGACGUGGCCUCAGGCAUCCAGAAGGCGAAAGCCUGUCAAGCUGCAGCCCGCGAGGUCGGCGAGGCUUUGAAAUCCCGGACUUACGGCCCGGAAUGUCUGGUGAAGCUGAUGGCUGUUGCGUGA